AUGGAAUCGGGUGAUCUUCCAAACGCAGCCACACCGCGAGACGUGCGUCUGCUGCAUCUGAUUCUGGCCUCCAUGGGCGUCACCUCGUACCAGGAACGGGUGCCUCUUCAACUCAUGGACUUUGCCUACAGAUAUACACAAGGCGUGUUGCACGAUGCACUGCUGUACUCGGACCAUGCUGCGGCCGCCAACAACUCUCACAACGACAAGACGGGCCCUGUUUCCGGCGGAUCUGGCGGAAAUGCCAACGCAGCAGCAGCAGCAGUUUCCACGUCGGCUCUGUCAGUGGAAGACGUGCGACUGGCUAUUGCUGCUCGAGUCAACUACCAGUUCAAGCCAGCACCACCCAAAGAACUGCUUCUGGAGAUGGCACAGGAACGUAACCGACGAGCUCUGCCACAGGUACAGCCUGGCUACGGCUUGAGACUGCCCCCGGAGAAGUACUGUCUCACUGCCAAGGAGUGGGAUUUGGACGAGGAGGAAGAAGAGACUGUUGAGGGAGCUGAAGAGACCAAUAACAACAGCAGCAAUGAGGAUAAGGAAAUGAAGGAUGCGGUCUAA